GGUAUUUUCGUCUACGUAGACUGCUGCUGUCAUACAUACGGCAGUAUUUCUGAACUUGGAAUAUUAACUAAUUUACAUUUACAGAGAAUCUCAAAAUGAGUCGAACAUACAAUGACGAACUACAGUAUCUGGAUAAAAUACAUACAAAUUGUUGGAGGAUCAAGAAAGGAUUCGUUCCCAACAUGCAGGUCGAAGGAGUUUUCUACGUCAAUGACCCACUUGAAAAAUUGAUGUUUGAAGAGCUGAGAAAUGCAUGCCGAGGUGGAGGUGUUGGAGGUUUCCUUCCAGCCAUGAAACAAAUCGGUAAUGUGGCAGCCCUCCCUGGAAUAGUGCAUAAGUCCAUUGGUCUCCCAGAUGUCCACUCAGGUUAUGGCUUUGCCAUUGGCAACAUGGCAGCCUUUGACAUGAGUGAUCCCAAUGCAGUGGUCUCCCCAGGUGGGGUGGGCUUUGACAUCAACUGUGGUGUGCGCCUGCUGCGGACCAACCUAGACGAGGGAGAUGUGCAGCCGGUGAAGGAGCAGCUGGCACAGGCCAUGUUUGACCACAUCCCCGUCGGUGUGGGUUCCAAGGGAGUCAUCCCGAUGACUGCAAAGGAUUUGGAGGAGGCGCUGGAGAUGGGAGUGGACUGGUCCCUGAGGGAGGGCUACGCCUGGGCAGAGGAUAAAGAGCACUGUGAGGAGUACGGCAGGAUGCUGCAGGCUGACCCAAACAAGGUGUCCUCCAAGGCCAAGAAGAGAGGCCUACCUCAGCUGGGGACUUUGGGAGCUGGCAACCACUAUGCUGAGAUCCAGGUUGUGGAUGAAAUCUACAAUGACUAUGCUGCCAAAAAAAUGGGUAUUGACCACAAGGGCCAAGUCUGUGUGAUGAUUCACAGUGGCAGCAGAGGACUUGGUCACCAAGUGGCUACAGAUGCCCUGGUGGCCAUGGAGAAGGCGAUGAAGAGGGAUAAAAUCAUUGUAAAUGACCGUCAGCUGGCCUGCGCCCGCAUUGGUUCACCAGAGGGCCAGGACUAUCUGAAGGGCAUGGCUGCAGCUGGCAACUACGCUUGGGUCAACCGGUCCUCCAUGACUUUCCUUACCAGACAGGCCUUCUCAAAAGUCUUCACGACCACACCAGAUGAUCUGGACAUGCACGUGAUCUAUGACGUGUCCCACAACAUUGCCAAGGUGGAGGAGCACAUGGUGGACGGCAAGCAGAAAACUCUGCUGAUCCAUCGGAAGGGUUCCACCCGUGCCUUCCCUCCACACCACCCACUCAUUGCUGUUGACUACCAGUUGACUGGGCAGCCUGUCCUGAUUGGUGGCACCAUGGGAACCUGCAGCUAUGUCCUGACCGGCACAGAGCAAGGCAUGACCGAGACGUUUGGGACCACAUGCCAUGGAGCGGGUCGUGCUCUAUCCCGUGCCAAAUCCCGCAGGAAUCUGGACUUCCAGGAUGUUCUGGAUAAGUUGGCAGACAAAGGCAUCGCCAUUCGAGUGGCCUCACCUAAACUAGUAAUGGAAGAGGCUCCUGAAUCCUAUAAGAAUGUAACGGAUGUCGUCAACACGUGUCAUGAGGCUGGUAUCAGCAAGAAGGCCAUCAAACUCCGUCCCAUUGCCGUCAUCAAGGGUUAAAGGCUGAGGUCAUCCUUAAGAACAAUAUUGCAAGCGGGUCCCAAGAAUGGCACAGGAAAGUCAACAGGAAGUGAAAUCAUAGCUGAAUUCCUGAGAUGAUGUGUUGCAGAUGCGUUGUCAAACAGGAUGGUAAACAAAUGACAGAGUCUGUUGUCCAUCCAAGAACAGCUUCUUCCUGCAGAAAGGGCUUCCAUCUGUUAAAGGUGUGGUUCUAUUCUAGGGCAAGCAAGAGCACAGCUCAAUAGAUUUUUUUUUUUUUUUACUUCUCAGUUUUCCCACCAUUAAAGGGUAGGUCGCUUCAAGCUUCCUGUUUUUGUUGUGUGACAACUGCAAAUCUGAGUUGAUUGAGCAGGCAAAAGGAAAAUCUAAAAAAAAUAAUAAAAACACUAAAUUCAA